UCCCCAUAACUUCGUAUACAUGCGUACAUGUUCUCGCCAUUUUUUUGUUAUUUUUAAUUAGAACCUGUUUGGGGAUUACAGUUCAUCUCUCGUCAUCAAUCCCGCGUUUUCUCUGCCGUGUAACAUUUCUCCUGCUUCUUCUCGUUCAUAUGUAAUCGCAUUUUCGGUUCUCGGUAGCAAUCAGAUCUGCAUUUCAAGCAUUCUCUCGGUCUUGGGUUGGCUUAGGUCCAAGAUUUUGCAAGUUUAUUCCAUUUUCAUUGUUCGAUUGUGAACCGUUUGAUAAGGUCCGAUCCUGGGCUUCGUUGCGUCGUGGAGGCGAGUCGGUACCGAAUGGGUUGACACAAGAUUCUCAAGAAUUGAUUUGGUGGGUCGAAUAGGAAAUUUUCUUUAUAUUUAUUCUCUUUCAUCAGAUUUCCAGCAUUUGCACCAAGCCCCCAACCAACAAAUGGGUUUGUUCUGGAUCUUGGCUUGACAUUAGUAUGUGUUUGUAACUUCUAAUGCAGAUGAAAUUUGAAGCAUCAAAGGGUUGACUUUGUCAAGUAUUUGAAUUGGGUUUGUUAGAAUAUUCUUUCUUGCAUGGAGAAAUUGAUUCCAAAGUUGGAAUCUUCGGGGAAGGCUUCCUUGUAUGUUUUGAUGAAAUGUUCGACACAGAGGAAGUUGAUCUGAUUUGGGUAUAAGGGAUUAGAGAGUUCAGUGGCAUUGGGGGAGCUGAGAGGGACUUCGUGUGUGUUAGAUAUGGGGUCUAGGGAUGAGAGGCGCCCCCAUAAUCUUGUGCCUCUCGCUGCAUUGAUCAGUAGAGAGAUGAGGAGCGAAAAGAUGGAGAAGCCAACUUUGAGAUAUGGGUAUGCUGCACAGUCUAGGAAAGGGGAGGAUUAUUUCUUGAUGAAGACUGAUUGCCAAAGGAUUCAGGGGAAUGCUGCUUCGGCAUUUUCCGUUUUCGCCAUUUUUGACGGGCACAAUGGGAGUGCUGCGGCAACAUUCUCAAGGGAUAACUUGUUGAAUCAUGUGCUGGGUGCUUUUCCUCGUGGACUUGGGCGGGAUGAGUGGCUUCAAGCUUUACCUCGGGCAUUAGUUGCAGGUUUUGUGAAGACUGACAAGGAGUUCCAGAGUAGAGGGGAAACUUCUGGAACUACAGUUACAUUUGUAAUAGUUGACAGAUGGACUGUGACAGUUGCAUCUGUUGGAGACUCCCGUUGCAUUUUAGACACUCAAGGGGGUGCUGUCUCUGAGUUGACAGUUGAUCAUAGACUUGAAGAAAAUGUGGAGGAGAGGGAACGUGUAACUGCUAGUGGGGGCGAAGUUGGGAGGCUUAGCAUCGUUGGCGGUUUAGAGGUUGGUCCCCUACGUUGCUGGCCUGGAGGUUUAUGCCUUUCAAGAUCAAUUGGAGAUAUGGAUGUUGGAGAAUUUAUUGUUCCAAUACCUUUUGUUAAACAAGUGAAGUUAUCGAGUGCUGGAGGAAGGCUUAUAAUUGCUUCUGAUGGCAUAUGGGAUGCAUUAUCCUCAGAAUUGGCUGCAAAAGCUUGCCGUGGCUUGCCUGCUGAACUUGCUGCUAGGCAAGUUGUGAAGGAAGCACUGAAGACAAGGGGAUUGAAAGACGAUACAACAUGCAUAGUUGUUGACAUAAUUCCUCCUGAUAAUUCAAUACAGCCUCUACCUACUCCGAAAAAGCAAAACAAGCUCAGAGCUCUAUUCUUCAGAAAGAAGUCCCAUGAUUCUGCUAACAAACUAUCUAAGAAGCUAUCAGCUGUAGGUAUCGUAGAAGAAAUAUUUGAAGAAGGCUCAGCAAUGCUUGCUGAAAGGAGUAAUCUUGCUGAAAAUCUUGGAUGGGUGUUUUGCUCAGACUCUAAUGUAAUAGUGAAUCUGACCUUGAUUGUAUUACUGGAUGCCUUGAGUAAAAUUGGAGAGCAACGAUCAAUUGGGGCUUCCAAUGUGCAAAUACCUGUAAACAAACAUGUUUGAGGAACAUGAAUGAUACACUGAAAAUGCCCAUAGACCACUGAAUUCACGUGGCGAGGGGGAGUUUAAUCACUUCACUCACUGAACUCUCACAUCAAAAGGUUUUGUGAUUAAUUAUGGAGGUUACUAGUAGGGGAAUGGGAAUGUAGAGAAGUUUUCGGAUUUCAAUUUUGUUAUGAUUUGUUUACACUCUGAACUUGUGGGAAAUGGAGAAUUCUCAUGCUUGAACCUAUCACGUGUAACUAUGGUAAAGUAUCCUCCACCUGCUGCCCAGCCCCACCAACAAUUGACAUAAUUUAUCCACCGCCUGGUCAAGGGAAUACAGUACAUCCUUGUAUGGUUUUGAGUUGGAUCUGUAAGAUUGCUCAUCAUAAGGCCUGGCUGGAACCUGAGCUCUCCUAAUGGUGGUUUAAAACUCUAUGAAGAUCAUGUAUCCCAGUGUUUGGCACAGCACCAGCAUUUAAUUGUUGGAGUCCCACUUAAUUGUUGGACACAAAUCCUCUUUGCUCAUACAAGUAUCCAGCAUGGGUACUUUCUGCCUUCAGAAAUGUGACAUAGCUUCACAUGAUUUUGUGUUUUUGUCCGUUUGGCAUUUCUUAGAGGAUUUUCUUUACCCAUGAGUUUUCUGAUAGGACUUAAGGCAGAAGAGAAAAGUGUGGGUAAUUGGGCUUGCAUCAAAUUUUGUGAUG